AUGACAGCUACUAAAGUAUCACCAUUGAAAGAAACAGAUUUGUUUAAGCCGGUAAAGGUCGGUCAACAUACUUUAACGAAUAAGGUAACGUUUGCUCCUACUACUAGGAACAGAGCUUUGGAAGAUCAUACCCCUUCAGAUUUGGAAUUAGAAUACUAUGAUAAGAGAUCUAAAUUUCCAGGAUCAUUAUUAAUCACAGAGGCUACGUUUGUAUCUGAGCAAGGUGGAUUAUAUGCAAACGUUCCAGGAAUUUGGAAUGACAAGCAGGUUAAUGCAUGGAAGAAGAUUACUGAUAAGGUCCAUGAGAACGGUUCAUUCAUUUCGUGUCAAUUUUGGUUUUUAGGUAGAGUUGCAGACCCUAAGUUAUUGAAAGAACACGGUUUAGAUUUGGUCUCCUCAUCUGCACUUUAUCCGAAUGAUGACUUUAAGAAGAAAGCCGAAGCUGCAGGAAAUCCACUUAGAGCUUUAAAAGAAGACGAAGUCCAUGAUCUCAUUUAUGAAGUAUUCCCUAAUGCCGCCAGAAAAGCGAUGGCUGCGGGAUUCGAUUAUAUCGAACUUCAUUCUGCUCAUGGUUAUUUACUUGAUCAAUUCUUGCAACCAGCUACGAAUGAGAGAACUGAUAAGUAUGGUGGCAGUGUCGAAAACAGAGCUAGAUUUUUAUUAGAGUUGAUAGAUCACUUGAUCACUAUUGUUGGUGCCGAUAGAUUGGCUAUCAGAAUCUCACCUUGGGCUAAAUUUCAAGGUAUGAAGGCUGAACAAGAUUCAACUCAUCCUAUCACUACAUUUAGUUAUUUAUUGCACGAACUACAAAAGAGAGCAGACAACGGUAACGAAUUUGCUUAUGUGUCUAUUGUUGAGCCUAGAGUUCAAGGCAAUCUUGACGUUGACAAAUCUGAACAAAAGGGUGAUAACAAUUUUGUUGGACAAAUUUGGAAGGGUAUCAUCUUGAAGAGUGGUAAUUAUACUUAUGAUGCUCCUCAUUUCAAAACUUUGCUUAACGAUAUUAGUGAUAACCGUACGUUGGUCGGAUUUUCCAGAUAUUAUACAUCUAAUCCCGAUUUAGUCAAGAGAUUAUAUGAA